CCGAAACUCGAGGGGGCGCCCCCCAUGUCCCCACCCGGCUUGGUUUCCGCGUCCGCCGCGUGGCUGCGCUACGUGCGGAACAGCGCCUACUACGCCUUCUUCCGCCGCGCGCCCAGCGUCCACGAGCUGCACCGCGCGCACGUGGCCUGGGUACCAGCGGCUUCUCGCGGGCAGGUGGUUUCAAGCGAUGAGCUGUGCUCAGUGUGGCUCAUCAGGGAGUGUAUCGAUCAGGAGGCUGCCCUUCGCAUCAAGGCUUUGCUUGAGAAGCAGCACGAAGAUCUCUGGCACGGCUAUGAACUGGGCCGCCGGAUGCUCCCCUUGCACGCGGACCCGCCGCUGGAGGCCUCCGAGGCCGCACAGCUGCAGCUGGGAACGCUGGACGUCUUCGGGAGGCGACCGCCGCAGGCGUGGCCCAGGCUCCAGCAGAUGCGGGACGAAGGGCUGGCGGGCGCGGAGGAGCUCUAUUGCUUGCAACAGGUGGCGACCGAUCGACUUGGCUGGGGCCGGUGCCUCUUCGUGCAGGCGCAGCAGCUGGAGCCCGGCGCCUCGGUGAGCGCCCACCGCGACGCGCUGCCCUUCGGCGGCGACCGCAUCGCGACAGUGGUGCUGCAGGGCAGCGGCGUGGUGCGCGUGGGGCACCAGAGCUUCGAGGUCAACGCCGGAGACUUCUACGCCCUCGCCGACGAGGCGCGCUACUUCGUGGAGCACGAAGUGCAAACGGCGCCCUCCGACCGACUCAGCCUCACCUUCCGCUAUGGGCUGAGCCCGCACAGUGCCCUACCCUCCAUGGAGGGCGAGGAGCUGCGUGGUGACCGUGGCGGCGGGUCAGCCCUGCGCGACGUGUAGCGGACCAAAAGGGCGCCGGGGGAAGAAGAGGGACGGAGAGUGUGGCCGGAAGACCUGGCACACAUGUUUUCGCUUUUUUUUCUCUUUGUUUUAUACUGAAGACUAGAAAACAUGUGCUCAGUGUUUUAUGGCGUUUUUUGUUUUCUAAUCUAUAUAGACAUAAGAAGGUUGGAAUAUCUUGGAGCAGAGCCUGAGCAUAGCAGCUUUGACAUGGCCAGUCACGAAAGGUCAUGGUUUGAUCAUGUUUCCACCAACAACCAUUUGCUAUGGAAAGGAUCUCAACUGCCAUAUUUGGCAACAUCCAUGUGUUUCUGGUUGGGUAUGGGGUUCCAGGUUGGACUUGGUUGCCGUAGCGG